AUGUUCUCGAACUCGAAGAAAUGGGAUCCCCGUGGAAAGCAUUGUUAUGUUACAGGUGGCUCGACAGGCCUGGGGCUUUCCCUCGCGAUUCUGUUGACCAAGAAAGGCGCGGAUGUUUCUAUAGUUGCUCGCAAUGAAGAGCGUUUGCAAAGGGCUGUGGAAUUGAUGGAGAAGGAACGACAGAACCCGAAUCAAAUACUGAGGUCAUACUCGUUCUCACUCAACGAUGCCACGAGCUCUGCGCUGGCCCUCGAAGCCGCUUGUCAACCACAUGGUGGACGCUGUCCGGAUGCAGUCUUCAUGUGUGCCGGUGCAUCGACUCCCGGGUUUUUCGUGGAACAGGACGAGCGUUCAAUGAGGGACGGCAUGGAUAAUGGCUACUGGGUGCAAGCUUGGACAGCCCAUGCAGCAGCUAAGCGAAUGGUCAAAUCGCGCUCUCGGGGGAAACUUGUGUUCAUAUCUUCCGUCCUGGGAUAUAUGUCUAUAGUGGGGUACUCCACGUACUCACCCGCCAAGCACGCGUUACGAGGAUUGGCCGAGACCCUGCGCUCCGAGUUGUUGUUAUACGACAUCGGCGUGCACAUUCUCUUCCCCGGCACUAUAUUCAGCCCCGGAUACGCCAAGGAGAAUGAAACGAAGCCCAAAAUCACACUCAAAAUAGAGGAGGAUGACAGUGGCCUUCAACCCGAGCAAGUAGCUGAGAGACUACUCGAUGGUGUUCAAAAAGGACAUUUCCACAUUGCUGUAGACCUUAUUGGAAAUUUGAUGCGUUCGAGCACACGGGGUGCUACCCCUCACAACAAUGUGCUCUUGGACAUCGUAUAUGGUAUUAUUGGAUGGAUUGGGCUCGCCGACUGGCGUCGCGGAGUGGACAAGACCGUUGUGAACCAUCGUAAGGAGCACGAAGCAUAUCUUUCGGCCCAAAAGUUCUUCGGCGAGCCUCAGCAAACCUCCGAGUAA